AUGCCGCCUUCGUUACUGAAGCGACACAAAAAUAAAAGUAACUCGGGCAUCCCGCCAGAGGAUACUUCGGCGGGUGACGAGCGCCAGGCAGUGGCCUUGUUGCCUUCAAAAGGGGACGACGACGCUGAGACAGAUUCCUCGCCUCUGGAAGAAGUGCAGAGUUUCGGCUUGUUCGAACUCUGGCCUGCAACACCAGAUGGGCAGCCCUGUACCAUCCAGACGGAAGUCGACAUUGUCGCUGUCCAUGGGCUCGGUGGCGGCGCUUUCCGAACAUGGACCGCAGACGAGCGUUUAUGGCUACGAGACUUUUUGCCACAGACUGUACCGGAAGCCAGGAUUCUGACCUUUGGAUACAACUCCGCCGCUGCGUUCAGUGGCUCGGCAUCUCGCAUCGACGAUUUUGCACUGGAUUUGCUCAACAGGUUGAGGGCAAAUAGGAGACGCGCCAGAAUUGACUUGAAGCGAAAAACAAUGUUCGUAUGCCACAGUCUUGGAGGCAUCGUCUUGAAACAGGCCCUCAUCUUGGCUCAUGCCAGAAGCGACUUGCACGGGUGGUUCACGGACUCGACUAUCGGCAUAAUCUUCAUGGGAACGCCUCAUAGAGGAGCAGAUGUGGCGUAUUGGUCCAAAGUACUGGGCAGAUUUGUCAACGUCUUCGCCGGCUCGAAAGUUCGAACGGACAUCCUCCAUGAUCUGGAGCCCAAGUCGCAAACGCUGGGCAGACUUUGCGAGCUUUUUGUUGAACGAGCGAAGUCUCUCGCCAUAUACUCUUUCUACGAAAGAAGGAAGAUGGCAGGCAUCAAUUCUCUGGUUGUUGACGAGCACUCGGCCAUCCUCCAUCUCCCAAACGAGCGGUCCGUUCCGGUGGAGGCAGAUCACCGGGAGAUCUGCAAGUUCCUGACUUCGAGCAACCAGAACUACGCUCUAGUGCUAGAUGCUAUUUUGGACCUCGUUGAGGUGGCUACCGGACAGCAGAGCGAACAUCAUCUGAACAAGUUUGAGGUCAGGUUUCUCCGAUUCCUGGCCGCGGGCGACUGGGAAUUAGUCCUGAAAACCAUCAAAGACCGUUGGCGCUCCUCAUCUUGCAACUGGAUUACUCGCAAUGCCGCAUUUGAUACAUGGACGAAAGAUUUGCAGUCCAAGUGUUUGUGGAUCCACGGCCCUCCUGGAUCCGGAAAGUCUGUUAUGGCCAAACACCUCGUCCAAUACCUGAAAGUAGUACUGGAUGACCAGCCCCGCGACUCUGGAUCUGUCCAAAACGUCACGUUCUUCUUUUGCGAUAAUAAAAUUCCAGCCUUGCGGACAUCUAGACACCUGCUACGCUCGAUACUUGCUCAAAUUUUCCAGGAAAGAGCCAACCAUCACUUGUUCCAACACUUUGACUCCGAGUUGCUGGGAAAAAUCGGAGAGGAUGAAGUUCUCGCCACUUCGGAUGAGGCGGCUUGCCCCAGGUUACUAGAAGUCUUGCUCACGCUCAUCACAAAGGCCCGAGGAUUCAAGUUCUGGAUUGUGAUCGAUGCCGUCGAUGAGCUGGAACCAAUCGCAUACAACACGGCGUUUUCCUGCCUCGAAAGGCUGCUGCAAGCGGACUCUGUUGGACGGAUGAAGAUUUUAAUUACAGCCCGCUCGAAGAUCCAAUCAGAAUUCCAGCAGCAGAUACAGCCGGACUACAUAUCCAUCAUGGGCGAGGACACUAUGCGGGACGUGGACGACUUUGUCACUGCACAGGUUGGACAGCUUUGUGCGGCCAUCUCUGCCCAUUUUCCAGUGUCUCAACAGCUACGUAAACAGCUGGAAGAUGAAGUCCUGGAUAUCUCGGGUGGUAACUUCCUGCACGCCCAUCUAGCUUUGGCCAAUUUCUCCAGGCGCGGACUGCCACAGGUCAGGGACGAGUUCUCCAGGCGAGUCUCCAAGAUGCGAAACCUCACUGCCGAUCUUGGUUCGCUUUAUGUCGAGGUCUUCCGGCGCAUACCAGCUCACUUCAUACCUGUGGCAAAAUCAACUUUCAACUGUGUCCUCGCUGCGCAACAACCCUUCAGCCUGAAAGACCUCCACUUCUUCGUCACUUUGAACGAAAGACAUUCCCACUUUGAACAGGUCAUGGACGAGAUGAACACCAGAUAUGCGGAGCAGCUAUCCGAGUUUUGUGGCAGCAUUCUAACACUGGAUCUUGGGAAUCGGGUGACAUUCAUCCACCAAUCAGUUAAAGAUGUUCUCAUUGCCGACGAUCCCUCAAUCGGUAUCCCUGCCUAUUUUUCGACGAGUUUGGCGAACGCCCAUGCUGAGUUAGCGGAAAAGUGUUUGCUCUUGCUCAGCUGGGCUCAGUUUGGGAGGCAGUCCCACAGGCUACAACUCGAAAGAAGCCUUGCCCGGAUUGAGUUCCCAUUCAACCUGCCAUGGCGAGAGAGGGUAAAAGCAUUUGUCAGCAAGGGACACAUCAGAUGGUUCCUUGACUUCGGAUGCCCGUUUUAUGCCAUAAAGCAUUGGAUGCUACACGUUGAUUCUGCCGGUCCGCAAGCACGCCGCACCAGGGACUUGUUGGGGUCUUUCAUUAUAGCUCCCGGCGCCCAGUACUUCCGGUUGGUUGGCAGCGUGCUGUUCUCCGAUUCCGAGGCGCGGUUGCUACUUCCCAGCCGUCAUUGGCAGCUGCUUGAAACAUUCGAAGAGCCACCGUUGCACUUUGCGAUGCAGUUUGGUGAUUUUCCGGAUAUAAUUCUGCGUCUGAUACAGGCUGGGGAGGACGUGAAUGAGGUCAACAAACACGGAUGGACCCCGCUACACUGGGCCAUUGCAUUGUCCCGAACACAGUCGUUCCGCACGCUGCUUGCGAGCAGCAAGACGGACCCAAAUAGAGGUAAUCCCAAAGCGGACAAGCCAAUUCAGGCCGCUAUUUUGGCGAAACGGCCAAGCUUCGCUCUGGAGCUGCUGCAAGACUCUCGGACAGAUCUCAACACACAGGGAACGAGCGGGUACACCACUCUCCAUGCAGCUUUCAUAGAGAAGCAGGAAGAGGUUGUCAAGUGUCUUCUUCAGGAGCAUCGGAAUCUCGACCUCACAUUGCAGGAUGACAAAGGCGUCACACCCAUGGAGACGGCAUUUCGCACGCGUCAGCCAGGCCAUGUGAUUUUAGCCCUUUUACGCCGACUCGAAAACCUCUCCAGACCUGGUAGCAUCCCAUCGGAGUGGAGUAACGCAAACCUGCUACAACAUGCGAUCGAUAACGGUAUAUGCGAUCUCGAAGCAUCCAUCAUAGAGAAAGAUCCGGGUCAAAUCUUCGACGUAGAUCGAGAUGGGUUCAACGCGCUCACAAAGUACGCAUUCCGUGGGAGGCGACAGAAAGUAGAGAUGCUCUUGCAAAAGACGGACGAAGUGAAUGGUUUCCGAGACACGGGGAGAUACAGCCUGCUCCACCUUUGUGCUCACCAAAACUGGGAGGAUCUUGUGAAGCUACUCUACACACGAUACAAGGCGAAGGAUGUGGAAGGGGAUCACGUAGGCCGCACCAUGCUGCACUGGUCGGUCGAGAAUCUCUGGAGCAUGGACACAGUUGACAUAUCAGGGAAACCUCGAGCGUGGCUAGAUCGUCAGGAUCGUGACGGGCUGACUGCGUUACACCUAGCGAUGCUGCAUCGAAACCGCGCAGCAGUGCAGAGGCUUGUUGGAAAGGGCACCGAUCCCUUGAUCAGCGACAAACAUGGCCGCAGUGCGGUUCAUAUUGCGGCGGAGCAAGGCUUCACAGCAGCGCUGAGAAUCCUUCUUGACGAUGGUGUCAUCGACCGAGGGACGGACCGGGAUGGCAUGACCGUCAUCCAUUUUCUUGCCAUGUGGGAAAAGGCUCCGCUUAUCGAAGAAUACAUCGGAAGGGGCCACUACUCGGUAAAUAUUCUGGACAGGCGCUUCCGCAGCCCAUUGCACUACGCGGCAAUAUUUGGCAAUCUGUCUGCAACUCGAGCGCUCCUUCUCAGCGGCGCCGACCCGCGCCAGCGGGACUCUGCUCACAAACUUCCCAUUCACCUUGCCUCGCAGAGUGGCCACCAAAGUGUGGUCGAAUAUCUCAGUGAGAGGCAGGGCAGCACUUUGGGCGAGCUGGAUGGGUUCAGACAGACCUGCCUGCAGCUCGCGAUUAGAAAUGGGAACCGAUCACUCAUCCAGCAUUUGGUCAGCUCAGAGGCGAUGAUACACAAUCGGGACAUUUUUGGCAAAACGGCGUUACAUCGCGCUUGUGUAUUGGGUGACGCUGCCCUCGUACAUCAGCUGGUCAUGCUUGGAGCCGAUGCGAAGCAUCGCGACCAUCUUGGAUAUGAGCCACUCGAUACCGCAAUUAUCUGGCGUGAAUGGCGCGUCGUCAAUGUCCUUGUCUCUUUGAUGCCUUGGGAGUAUUUGUUCCAAAAGCUGUCGAGCUUCGGUCUUAGCAUUGAGGAGAAGAGCUCGGAACAUAUCGACGAUGAUGUUGGAGGCCGAGAGUGCUUGGUCGAGAAACUCGUGCAAUACGGCCUUUGGCUAAGUGCCUUAACCAACCCUUAUCUCACUACCUGCCAGGGCGAAUUCCUAAGGGAAGGUGUGCACAAUGCUAUGAUCCCAGGUAUCGCACAAUAUCCGAAAAUAUACACUGCUAGCUCAGAAAGCCGAUCGCAGCACGACGACACGAGGAACAGCUCUGUAAAGGAAAAGGAUCAUCGCAAGAUCCCCAAGCCGAGAUCACCUCAAGCCAGCCGUGCUACCGAACAUGAUAGAACAGAUGUUGUCCAUUCGAAUACCCCGAGGCAUAAAACUCAUGGAUCCUAUCCCGAGCCAGGCAAAAGCAGCCACCACCACCUUACGAGUUCCCGUGACAAGCCGAAAUCUCGACGUCGAGGUACGAAAGCGACGACGCAGAAAGAUUCGUGCGUUGUCACUUAG